AUGAAAGUCCGAUGCUCUGGGGAUACGCCACGAUGUACAAAUUGUCAGCGGAGGAAGAAGCCUUGCACAUAUCUAUCAAGGGCUGGUUCCACAACCACUGAAGCUUCCUCGUCUCGGGAUGACUCUUCGUCCAAGUCAGCUUCUCGAGCAACCGUUUCCCCUGAACUCCAACGCUCAAGCAUCGCCUCUAGCUCGACAUCAAAUGCGACCAAUUCGAGUGUUGUCGAAGGCGUAGCUGCAUUGUCAUACGAACUAGUUGUUCCAUUGGUCAAUCAGUUUUUCGAUCGUAUGUCCCCUCUUCCGUCUUUCAGCUUCCUACACCAGGCCACCGUCACUCAAAGAUGCCGCGACAAAACCAUCGACCGAGUACUUCAGCUGGCUUUAUGUGCCAUUACAUCAAUCUACUUUGACAAGCACCAAGAAGAACAUGCCAAGUGGGCACAAGAAGCCGAGCACCUUAUUCUUGAACGCCUCGAAGAGCCCUCCAUUUUCAAAAUCCAAGCAUCACUCCUUCUGAUACGCUAUCGAGCUGCAGUUGGAGAGUUCCCACGGGCGUUCAUUAUGGCUGGUCUCGCAGCUAGAUGGGCUGUAGCAUUGCGUCUCAACUACGAACACUCCAAGUUGACCCCUGUUGCACAAGAAGUACGGCGUCGGACGUUUUGGUCGCUGUACUUGUUGGAAGAUAGCUUUUGUGUGGGCUUGAAAGAAUUUGAGUUAUUCGAUCCCGAUACCAUCUAUCUUCAAUUGCCAUGUGAAGACGUUGACUUCCUUCAAGAGCGACACAUCAGCACAGGCUACUUGCAGCCAGGGAAGGGACUUGAGCCAGAUAUAUUAGGCCCUCGCGCUGCGUUCGUGCGGUUGGCGUUCAUACGAAGAGCUAUCAUGAGACUCAGUCGAAGAAUAUCUAUGAAGGAAGCCAAUCUCUCAGAUCUCUUCUCGUCAAUGGAACGAUUCCAAACUGAUCUUCUUCGCCUAAAGACAAAGCUUGCCCCGUGCGAUCAAUACUCGGACUCGGGUUCCCAAAGGGUGCGCCGAUCACCCCAAUGUGCUGCUAUGCACAUGAGUUGGCAUCAAAGCCACUGUAACCUCUAUCGAAUAUUCCUCACAGAAUAUCCAGAGCCUACUCCUCAUGCUACGGUCGAAGGGAUUUCCGCGUCUGAAAGGGCGGUCAUGAAGGACAAAUGCCUAUUUCAUGCCGAGCAAAUCGUCCAACUUCUCUCAGACUUUAUCCAACACAAUAAUGGCACAGACCUGCUUGACUUUGACGUAGCUAUCUGUGCUUAUCACUCCGCCAGGUUGAUACUCUUUGGAGCGUAUACCAGUAAGGACAACAAAGGACCGUCAAUGCAAAUGGCUAUUAGUAAAGCCCAAUUAUGCUUAGAUGUUAUUACACGCUACUUUCGUUUCUCGGAACAGCUGAGAUCCAUGCGACAAGAACUUGAGCGAGUUGUACAGCAACACAAAACAUGGGUAGAGUCAUUGGAUAAUCGUGAUAUUGCAGCAACCGGGACUACUCACAAGUCACCACACAAACUUUCAAAAGAUGCAUAUAUCCGCCAGCGCCUCGCCAUACACAGUCUGCUGGGACAAUCUGAUUUUGUCGAUGACAGCCGCGAUGCGGCCCCUGCACCUCCACCUGAACAAGCUUUGAGCACGACUGAAUCUCCAGAAGAUGUCCAAGCAGCUCCUGAGCCGCCGGUGGAUGGUGAUGGAAGAGAACUGUAUCUUCUCAACGAUCCCAUCAUGGACCCCAGCAUACUUUUUGGUAUUUCUUAUGGUGCUGGAUCCGACUUGGAUGCGUGGGCUCAUAAUGCUGCCAUAAUGCAGGGUAUAAAUGGAUAUCUAGCGGACGUCGACGAACAGUAUAUGUACUAG